AUGAAUCUCUUCAUUGACCUGGUGAUCAUCUUCAUUUGCAUCAGCUUCUACGUGCUGCUCUGUUUGUUCUGUCUGUACCACAAAUCGUCGAAUUUCAUCUGCCCGUCAUGGGUCAACGGCAGGGACGUCCGGCAUCUCGGAUCCCAUCGCUCGGGUAACGGUUCGACCCCGGGCGUCUACGCGCCGUCCAGGCAAGUGGUGUCCACCAUUUCCUCAUCCGUCUCACUGGACAUGCCUCCGUCGUACGACGAAAUCCUGCCCGACAGGAAGGAGACGCCUCCGCCCAGUUACAACGACGUAUCGCUCAUUCUCAGGCCCCCCACAGUCGGCAAAACUGUGCCGUACAGCACCGACUGCUAG